UCUGUUAUUGUAAUCUCAUUAGCAAAGAAGCAAAUUACUGUUCGAGUAGUUCCAUCGACCUCUUGUACAGCGAUAUAUCGACUUGCGAGAGUCGUCGAACUCAAUUUCCUGCUGCUUCCGUGUGGGUCUUCAGGAGUGUACGAGUUGGGUUGAAAGCUGGUUAGAAAUGGGACGUGUGAUACGAGCUCAGAGGAAGGGUGCUGGCAGUGUGUUUCGUUCCCACACAAAACACAGGAAAGGGGCGCCAAGACUUCGAGCUUUAGACUUCGCUGAACGCCAUGGUUAUAUUAAAGGAGUUGUUAAGGAUAUCAUACAUGAUCCAGGACGUGGGGCUCCGCUUGCAGUUGUUCACUUCAGGGAUCCAUACAGAUUCAAGACGCGUAAAGAACUCUUUAUUGCGCCAGAAGGCAUGUACACGGGUCAGUUCCUGUACUGUGGAAAGAAAGCAAACUUGCAAAUUGGAAAUGUGAUGCCUGUUGGUACAAUGCCAGAAGGGACAAUUGUUUGCAACUUAGAGGAGAAAACAGGAGACCGUGGUCGCCUUGCUCGUGUGUCGGGCAAUUAUGCAACUGUGAUUGCGCAUAAUCCAGACACUAAGAAAACUCGUGUGAAGUUGCCAUCAGGUGCAAAGAAAGUUAUACCUUCAAACAAUCGAGCCAUGGUUGGCAUUGUUGCUGGAGGUGGAAGAAUUGAUAAGCCAAUUCUUAAAGCUGGGCGUGCAUAUCAUAAAUACAAGGCUAAGCGUAAUUGCUGGCCUAAAGUAAGAGGAGUAGCUAUGAAUCCAGUUGAACAUCCUCAUGGUGGUGGUAACCAUCAGCACAUUGGAAAAGCUUCAACAGUUAAACGUGGAACUAGUGCUGGUAGAAAGAUUGGUCUUAUUGCUGCCAGAAGAACUGGAAGGAUUCGUGGUGGCAAAACAGACACAAAGAAGGGAGAUGAUUAAAUACUGGUUGUAUAAAAAUUAAGCAAAUAAAAUGAUUCAAAGAUA